UACUUGAUGCAAGUUUUGCUAAUAAUUAGCGGAUAGUAUAUAAUACAGACAUGAAGGGAUACCAAAUCUAUCCCCUAUUCCUAACAGUUAAAAUCAGUGAUAUACCAAUGUUGGGAAGAAUCAAUUCAUAUAUUUAGCUCUUUUUUUAUUGUUUUGAUAUUUUUGCCGACUCAAUUUUGAAGCAUUUUCGAAUAUAAUAUUAAGCCAUUGCCUCGGCCAAUUUUCUUUUCCAGCUGUCUCAAAACGUUUCAUGACCAGGGAAUAAAUCUAAUUCUGUUAUAUAGAAAACAACAACUGUUGAUUGCGGAAGGCACGCUCAUGUACUUUCCAACUGUUGUUUUGCAAUUAUUUGAGUUUGAUCAUUUCCUUAUAAUUGCUUUUUAUCACACUAUGUUAUAUAUAGACCAAACAACAAUACCAAUAGGUUAAUAUUAAAUUUUUAUAACUUAGUAAUGUGUUAUUGCAACACAAUAAUGGGAAAGCAAUACGAAUUGCCAACGCCUCAUUAAUUGAUUUGACAAUUUAGAUUUAUUAGAAUCGCUUAUCCAAGUGAUAAUAAUAAAUAAACAAUAGCAUUUCAAAAAGUAAUUAAUUUGAAAUUGAAAGCAAUGGGUAAUGGAACGUGCCAACGAUGACCGGAAGUUAUUUGACAGUUUCGCUUCCAGAAUAUAUUGACACUAUCAUUCGAGUUUUAGAAUCUAAAAUUCAAAUUCACUUUAUUUAGUCAGUACAGAAAUUUCCAAUGUUUUUGGCACAUUAUGUUUUGAGAGGUUUUGGAAAAUAUAAUUUUAAGUACAAUUUUAUGCAUAAAAUAUUAUUAACUCCAACAACACAACCAUUCGCGUGAUCAUUUUAUGUUGCGUUGUUUAGAAUCGACCAUUUCUUCGACGGCGGAAGUUCAUUCGAGGGCAAAGCUAAUUAGAACGUUUUUCGAUUAGUAGCUUAAAUUUCACUCCGUUAUGACUUUGCAUUAUAUUUAGAAGUUAUGUUUCUCAUUGCAAUAGACAUCUAGUCUAUAGAUCCAUAAACUAACCUGUUUGGUUUUAUGAAAAGGACAGAAAGCAUAUGGUUUACCGGGAAAUAAAUUUGCACUACAGUUGUUGAGUAUAUUUAUUUUGCAGUAGAAUAUUCUCCAUUAGAUCAAAUUUCAGAUAUGUAUUUUAUUGAGUAGAAGUCAGCAAACGGAAAUGAGAAUUCAAGUUAUCUCGAUGUUAUUUUAAUGCCAAUUAAGAUAUUUUUAUAGUUUGUAGUAGACACUACCUUCGUAUAGUCUUGCUUGCUAAAUUAUGAUUUACCGAGCAUUUCCGAUAGAACACGUUGGGUGUAAUUGAGAUCUUCAUGUUUCACUUACUAAAAAUAUACUCUUCAACAGAAAGACUGACGGCGAGUUUCAGCUGCAGCCUAUGUUUGGUGUAAAAUCUAAUUUAUUUUCAUAAGAAGUGAACCUAUUUAACCCUGUAACAAAUAUUUUUCCGAGCGGUGUACAUCCUAUUCAAACUCCAUUUUAUAUUCCUUCAGUGAAACUAUCAUAAUUACAGUUUGUAAACUGAAUGCAUUUUAUCUUGGUUGCUCUACAACAGCAAAUAUGGAUAACCAAAGGCGAGAAAUCAAAGUAGAAUUAUCACGGGGAGAAGACGAUUGGAAAUGCGCGAGGGAGUGCAUUGUGAGAGCCUUCCAUCGUUACCCUCUCUACACAUAUUUGAUACAAAAUGAAAGUAUUCGACCUGAGUUCCUCAAGAGAUAUUUAAACGCAAUAUACGAUGUCACCGUUACAAAGGGAAAUUCUUUGCUUUUGGCAUGCGUUCUCUACAAUUCAAACCAAGACGAAAAGAGCAGAACACGUAAAAUAAUCGGUGGAGCAUUGAUAGUACCAGCAUCGGAGAAUGGUGGCUGGGAAUACUCAAACGAUGAAGAUUUUGCAUUUGCAUAUAAGAAACAUGGCCUUAGAGAACUGGACAGCGAAGCAAUGGACAGAAUUGAAAGAUACGAGGAAUGGGAAUAUGAGCACAUAACAAAAGUCGUUUCAAAAUCAAAAAUCCCAAUGUGGAAUGGUCUCUACUGCGCAAUAGAUCCUGAAUUUGCGGGUCAAGGAUGUGGUACUUUCAGUUACGCUGAAUGCAUCAGAAUUUACAACAAGCUGAAAGAAGAAGAUACGCUUCCUCAAAAAAGUUCCAGAAUGCGAAAUGCCAAAUAAAAGACUAUUCAAAAUAUGAUAACAACAAUUCUUCAAAAAUUUUACCACGAUUAUCAUCUCGAUUUUUACGUGUAUUUUCACGAAAAAGAUCAGAAGAGACACUGUCAAAGACCCCUAUAUCGAAGACUUUGGAGACGUCCACAUCUCCGAUAGCAAUAGUAUUGUCGCAUAGCGAAAAGGCAGUUCGUUUUCAUAUGAAAAAUGGAUUUCGUUUAGCCGAAAAAUUGGUUUAUAAUAAUUUAGAAACGGGCGAAGAAUCUCCUUUUACCGUAUGCGCUCUCGUUAUGGAUUUUGGCCACACGGCACGGAUAAACGAACUUGGUGCUGAACUGAAAAAAUGUGCCAACAAAGAACUCGACAUAAUGAAAUCGAAUAGGGAAACAAUUGCUGUGGAAAUACUUACUUGAACAAUCAUUGCAGUUAUGUUGGGUACUGUCCCCAAAAUUCUUUUUGGUAGUUUCUGCCAUCUGUGUUGCGUGAAAGUGAUCCCAUGGGAGGAACUAAUGUGCGAACUAUAUAUUCAAACAGAUAUCGAUAUGUCUGUAUAUAAAUAAGAGUAAGAAUUACAAAGCUGUUAAUGCGAAUAAUACUUUAUGAACACAUCCUAUUUGAGAUAUUUUCUAAUCAGUGAUAAUAGCUGAUAACCAAUUAUCCCACUACUCUUGCAAAAUUGUGUCAAUGAUCUUGAGUUUAUGUAAAUCACUAUUAUGUAAUGAUCUAGUGAGAAACUUCCGAAGGUUGUUACGAUGACUGCUUUUCAAAAGUAACUCACAAGUAAAUUAUCCUUGAUAAUUUUAAGUCAGAUACAACUAUCUCUCGCGAUAGAGUUUAUGUUCUGGUCUGGAUACUUGUUCUGCUAUUCGUUUAUACCCAGCUUACUGAUAAGGAAUUGUCAUUAGCUUCAUUUCUAUUGAAUUCUGUGGAUCUCAACUUCAAUUUCGUAAUAAAAAUCUGAGAAGAAUUCGUUUUCUUUGUUCAGCUAUGAUUAGGAUAAAAAUGCUUGCAGAAUUCAGUGAGUUCAACAAAAAUCGAUUCUAUUUAGUGUUGUCAAACACAAAUCGAUCUACUUUGCAGUGGUAAUAAUGGUAAAGUGUGAAUAAGUCUUGUUUUUUUUCGGCAUUGGAAAUAGCUUUUAUAUAGAAAAAAAUCGACAACCGUGAAAAUGAGAAUUGAGCAAACUUUAGUUCGUGAAUAAUUUAUAGCAUCGAUCUAAAAGUCAUAAAAUUUGUUUUUUAUUUACCGCACGUUCUAGCAUGGGCCGUUACCCGUUACCGCCAACAAAUAUCUCUUUAAAUAAUAAUUAUAAUCAUUCCUGUCCCUAUUGGGGGGUACGUCUGGGUAUUUGAUUUAUUUCAGCUCAGGAAGAAUUGUUUUCGUCUGCCAGUAGACAUUUUUAAAUUUAUUGAGACAAUCAUCUGGACCAGACCCGCGACGUCUAUAUAUAUAUGACAACAAUAUAUUCAUAUUAUCUAGUCAUUGGAUCUUCAUAUGAGCGCUAAUGGGGGUGAAUCUUCAGUUGGAUACUUUGGGGGGAGGACCUUCAUGUGAUCCACAAAUUAUUAUUUAGAUUGGAUUAAUUCUAAUAACGUAAUUAUAAAAUACACCUAAAUCGUUUAAGCGUUGUGUGCGUAUGUAGCAUAAUAGGUUGUAGCCUUGAUCGUGUUUCAAAGGUCAAAAUAAAAUAUAAAGCAUAUGACAAAAAG